CUGAGUCAGAAAACUGCUUAAUGAAGAAUCUGAAGAGGUUUCGGAAGCAGUUAGAAAGAGAGGCAGGGAUGCUUGAAGCGACAAAACGUGCCUUUAUUCCAAAGACCGUCAAAAUGCCUUCUGAGUACCAUUUGUUUGUGGAAGAAUUUUGUAAGAAUCCUGGCAUCGAUUGGAUUAUGAAACCGGUGAGUAUGUCACGAGGUGAAGGAAUUUUCCUGUUCUGAAAACUGAAGGAUGUUAUUGAUUGCAUGGGGCAGGGUCGGUGGACUGACCUCUUUGCGGAUACGGACAACGCUUUCAUCCACAGCCUCCAGUGUGUUCAGGUGAUCAGCAGUAGCAAACACUGCUUUGAGCUCUACGGCUAUAGCAUCCUGGUCCAUCAGGAUCUGAAACCCUGGCUUCUGGAGGUGAAUGCUCCACCCUCCUUCAUUGCCAGUAGCCAGGGGGGCUGUGAACUCAAGUGUCAUCUACCCAAAGACACACUUCAUACUGUGGACAGGGAGGGCAGGCUGACGGGGAAGGAGAAGCGUGUUGGAGGCUUUGACCUGAUGUAGAACGACGGGCCUGUCAGCAGAGGGGGAGACCUGGGUACCCUGGCGAACGAGAACACGACGGCAAACACGCAUACAGGCCGCUACGAUGACAGGAAGAAACAACAGUACUGA